AUGCGAUGCGGCGCUCGAGAUUCGGUUCGAUCGAUCCAGUGUUCGGUUGCAAAUAUUGUGCAAAAAUCAAAACUUUCGCUCGUCCAAACUGAUUUAGUGGGGAAGUGUGAUUACUACAAAACUUGAUUGGAUUUCGGAAUCGAAGAUACUUUUGCUCUCUGGUACAACUCGUGAAAAUUGUUAUUUUUUCUUUCAAUCAAAGACUUUUGCGCUUCAAAACAUGUGACAAAAGAAGCGAUAGAGUUCAGACAUUUGUCGGAGUGAAGCAUUGUGUCGAAAAUCGGGUUUUGAAGUAACGAAAAGUGGAUUUUUCCGCAUGUAUCCAGGCCACCACGGUAUGUGAACUUGAAUAAUAAUAACACAAUUUGUGGAGUUGCUCUAGAAGAAGCCACCAUCAGCAGAAAACAGUACGAUGAAAGUUGUGCAGAAGUAAGAAGGGCAGUGCGAACAACCCGGACAAAGCAACGGAAGGAGAAAAGGAAAAUCUUUCCUGCUGUCAAAUUGUUGCAAAAAUAGUUUAUCGAUUAAUCGUCGCGUGUGUCACUUUUUUGCACAGUUUCUCUAGCUUUCCUCCAAAAUGGAAAACUAGGGUACUGUUUCUUAAAAUCUAGUGCAGUGCUGGUGAAGAGUCCGGAUGGAAAUUCCGACUUCCGUGUGUUGUUCUUCGGAGUGACGUAAAGUUUUCUAAGAGUUUCCAGGAUUUUCCGGUCCGUUCCGGAUUCUGUUCUUCUUCAUGGUGAAGCUGACUCAUUAGCAUUGUAGAACAGAGACUGCAAAAGGGUAAAAAUCUCAACAACAGCAGUGAUUUAUCGAUCCGUACAAACUACAGUCACUAUCAGCAAAUCAAUCGAAGAGUUCAGAGCCACUCCAACCUCCCCUCCGUCCCCCAUCAAUCGGUACUUCCAACAUACGCAUUGUGCGAAUCGAAGGUUUCUCCGCAUUGCUGAGAUGCAGCGUCGAUAAGCGGAAAGCCGAAGAAGUCAGAAUUUCAUCCAAAUUCUGCGUCAUCAAGCCACCCCAAAAGCAGCACACACAACGCUGUCGAUCAUACGACCGUCCGACAGCAAGUCAACGCAUUUGGACGGCUGCACAACCGUAGAAAAAAAAAUCCUUGAGAAAGUUACUUGAGCAACGAAGCAGACAACCAAAAUCGCGAUCUCGAAAAAAAUCUACUUUGAUUGGUAGUAGCAGCGCCAGUGACAUCCCUAUCUCUGUCCCGAAACUGUGCUUCCUUUUGCCAACCGCCCCCAAUGUUUCAUUGAGUAUCGCCUUGAUCUUUCCUCUCAUAUGAUUUAUUAUCCUUCUGCACUGUUCCAUUGGUGAUAAUGCAUUGGAACGAAAUUCACCAAAGCAGCAACCACUUUUUCAACGUCCGUUUGCUUCAAUCCUACGUAGAUAAAAAGAGCGAACAACUGUCCUUCGGUAAGUCCUCAGAGGAAAUCCAACACAGAACAGAAGACUAUCGUGUCCAAAAGCAGUCAAACAGAUCUGUCAAUAGUAGUAGUUGUAGUAGUAGUAUUAGUAGAAAGACAACAUCGUUCAGUAUACCUCAACAUAAGACAUCCCUAUUUGUCGGCCACGUGGUCGGAAAUCAAAUUUCCGACCGCUGUUAGUUAAUCAUUUUGUCUCUUAGCCUAGUAACUAGUGUUGAUCGGUUUCUUCGUAGUAUUUAAUUAUUAAGGUGGCGUUUGCUAUAUUGUUUGUUCGUCAAGCAAGACUCAUCGAGUUUUACUUUGGGUUUAUCAUCGUCUUUGGACUUGUUUGAACGUUAAGGCAUCUUUGAGAUUUCCUAGCUGUUAAGGUUUAAACUUAUCCAAAUAAUCAUUUUAUGGUUACGCUAAACGUUGGCUGUCACGAAGAUAUACGAUCGAUUCAAAGGAUCCUCUCAAGUUAUAUUUAUUGACGUAAAUUUCACAUUUGAAACUAUUCUGUCUUACUUACUAAAUCAGUCUGAACACAUAACGGAAAUACCAAAAACAAAAACGAAUUUAGUCAAAAAGUAUCUCUAUCGCUUAUAAUUGUUGGCUCUUUUUAUUUAUUGUUUUGUCAUUUCCCCUAUCUUUGCUUCCUUUCGGCACAACUUGUCCCAACUUUUUCAGUAGCAAACGGAAGUACAUUUCCAAAGACCCUGACAACUUAUCCUAGUCCUACGCUCACAUACUACUAAUACAUUGAAAAGCGAAAAUAGAACAGCUCAAGGAUCAGAGAACGACACGCCCGCAGCGCAUAAAGCGUCCAAGCAAAUAUUAACUAUUACUUUUCGAUUCAACACGGUAGCACAGAGAAAAGACAGAGGAAGCAUCAACAUACUACCAACAACAACAACAACAACAAAACUAGUGCUUUGUCAUUUCCUUUCGAUUUGCUGAGAACUGUGGUGAACCGAAAAUUGUUCUCAGUUGUGUCACUUUCAAGGAAUAGUGCAACGAUCAUCAAACUUCAUCAUCAUCAUCAAACGUUAUCAGUGCGACAAAGCGAUAGACGGGAAGAACCGGCCCAGGCGGUGAUUUUACGAAUGCUCAUACCAUACACCCGUAAAAUGCCGCAAUAAUGCUGUACAAAUGGGAGCAACAAAAAAAGCCUGUUUUAGCAGAAGCAAUUCAGCCCAGCCGACGCCCUCUGUAAACAGCCAAGACUCGCAACAGCCCGGUUCGCGCACAGCAGCAAACUCCACCAACAACAACCACAACCGACUGCGACGGUUGCGUUCCGCUAGUCAGUCGACAUCGACAUCGAGUUUGAACAAUAUCAACAAUAACAACAACAACAACAGCUCGACUAGUAGCAACACAAUCAACAACAACAGCCGCCAUCCGAACCGAAACGCCUUCGCGGCCCAUCGGUCGUCCGGAACAGCCGGCGUCAACACUACAGCAAACACGGGUGCACUACUUGCAAGGGUGUUUGACAAUAGUAAUAGUGCAGCAUCACCGACGACGGCCGGAAGUAACAGUAACCGUGGUUCACCAGGUGAGAAAAAAUCUCUCGCCGGCACCACCACCAACAGCAGCAGUAAAUACGAUGACAAGAUGGAUGAGAGACGGCAGUCGCAACCGAAAACUCCCACCAAAGCACAACCGGCACAGCGUGAAUCUACACCGGUCGGACGGAAGAAGACUACUGUUGUGGAACAGCACCCGCAACCGAACAACAGUGUCGAGCGUGACUGUGAACGGAAAUCGUCGGAGUCGCCCAAGAAGCAACAGCAGCCUAGUCAAAAGACACCUCCCGGCUCGGAGCAGAGCACACCGACGAUGGAGCAAUCGAACCUGUCCGAUCUGGAACCAAAACCGCGCACCAAGGCACUCACCAAUGAUUCCGGUAUAGAGGGCGAACAUCAGCAACUGCCGGAUGAAGAACUUGAAGAGACAACAAACAGAGAAACGGCAGGGGCGGCGGCUGCGGCAGAGCGUCGACGAUUGAAUUCUGCUGCCGAUAUCUGCUCUCCGGAUGGGCCAGUUAACUCGCGCCAUUACCUGGAUUCGUCCGAGUCGGACGGUACGGUCGGGCGUUCCAAUCUGCGUUUUAUUCGCAAGAGUUUGGAAAAUACGCUGGCGGUCGCCUACUCGAAGAACUACAUCGACAACGAUACGAUAGAAACGGAAUACCCGCGCAAUUUGGACGACAACAUUGAGAUACUGAGUCGAGAAGCGGAAAACCUUGCUCUGCAGUUCAAACCUUCCGAAGAGAAGCUGGUACAGUAUGGGCCAAUCUUUGAUUUGGAAAAGUUCGAAGAACAGCGAAAGCAACAGAAGAAGGAAGACGAUGAAGAUGAGGCGAUAGGAAUCUCACCGUGCGGAAGAUUCCUGAAGUAUGACAAGGAGGUUGGCCGGGGUUCAUUUAAAACGGUCUAUCGAGGUCUUGAUACCCAGAUAGGGGUGGCGGUAGCCUGGUGCGAGUUAUUGGACAAAAAAGUCAAUCGAGUGGAAAGGGCUCGAUUUCGCGAGGAGGCAGAAAUGUUAAAGAAAUUACAGCAUCCCAAUAUUGUACGAUUUUACAAUUACUGGGAGUCGCCACCGACGGCUGGAAACAAAAAGAAAAAUAUAGUAUUGGUGACGGAACUUAUGCUGUCCGGAACGCUAAAAUCAUAUUUGCGUCGCUUCAAAAAAAUCAAUCCGAAAGUGCUCAAGUCCUGGUGCCGCCAGAUUCUGAAAGGACUUCAUUUUCUGCAUUCGCGCGCACCACCAAUUAUCCAUCGUGAUUUGAAAUGUGAUAAUAUUUUUAUAACCGGAACCACAGGGAGUGUCAAAAUCGGGGAUCUCGGUCUAGCGACACUGAAGAACAGAAGUUUCGCCAAAUCGGUUAUCGGGACGCCGGAGUUCAUGGCUCCGGAAAUGUACGAAGAACACUACGACGAAGCGGUCGAUGUGUACGCAUUCGGCAUGUGCAUGUUGGAGAUGGCCACUAGCGAGUAUCCGUACAAUGAGUGCAAUACGCCGGCGCAGAUCUACAAAAAAGUGACAUCUGGCAUUAAGCCAGCCAGUUUGGAGAAAGUGGAAAAUCCGGAAGUGCGAGAAAUCAUAGAGCGUUGCAUACACGACAAGAAGGAGGGCCGACCGACUUGCAAAGAACUGCUGAACUGUGAGUUUUUCUGUGAGGAUAUUGGAGUGCGGCUGGAGCCAAUUUCAAAGGAAAGUUUCAUUGCCAAUCCGGAAAGCACCAAGAUGGAAUUUAGGUUGCGCAUUCUAGAUCCGAAGAAACGUGUAAAUAAACACAAGGAAAACGAGGCGAUUCAGUUUGAUUUCGAUACGAGAAUUGACGAUGCGGAUGAAAUAGCCAACGAUAUGUACAAGAGUGGAAUUCUAAUGGAAGACGACUCGAAAACGGUGGCCAAAAUUCUGAAGGUACAGAUACAAACUAUGCUGAAGGAAAAGGAAGAAAGGGCUAGACAAGUUCAGCUUGAAAAGGAGACUGAGGCAUUACAGAAACAAGCAAUGCUAGCACAGCAAAUUUACGCUAAUCAGCAGAGUCAAAUAGAAAACGAAGCGCAACCAAUGGAAUUGCACGUUCCACAGAUGAUGGGACAAGGAAUGGCGAUUCCGCAGCAGCAACCACAGCAAACUUUCUAUCAACCGGCAUCGUUGCCUGCUGCGCAGGCUCAGCAAAUUAUCUAUCAACAGCAAAUAUCUGCUCCAGCUGGAAAUGAUCAGCUCAUGCAGAAUUAUCAAAACCAAGCCGGGCAAUACAUCAACCAGCAACCGCAUAUGAUUCAACAGCCACAGUUCCUAAACCAGAUGCCUCAGAUGCCCCAACAGAUGCAACAGAUACCUUGCAGUAUACCCCAGCAAACUCAAGUAAUUCAACAACAGGCGGUAGUCCAAGCUCCUCAGCAUCCAUCGCAGCAAGUAUUUAUUGAUCCCCAACAACAACAGCAGUAUCUUCAGCAAAUGCAACAGCAACAAGCAUUAUAUCAUCAGAUGCAACAACAACAACAACAACAGCAACAGCAAAUGCCUCUUCAACAGCAGAACAAUUUGCAGUAUAUGAACCAAAUUUCUCAGCAACAGCAACAGGUAAUACAACAACAGAUGAUCCAGCAACAGUUGCUUCAACAACAACAACUUCAGCAACAUCAGCAAAUGCAACAAGCUACCAUUCAAGAACAGUUCCCUACUCUUGAACAACAACUUCAAGCCGUUCUACCCAUCCAACAUCAUACACAGCAGCAGCAACCGCAACCACAACAACAACAACAACAACAACCACAGCAAAUGCCCCAACAAGCACAAUCUCAGUCUCAGCUCAUUCAAAAUCAACAACACUUUCAACAACAGCCUCAAAUGGUUCAUGGUCAAACUCUUCAAACCGCUCAAAUACAACAACAACAUCAGAUGCACAUCCAACAACAUAUCCAAGAACACAUGCAACUUCAUCAAAGCUCCCCUAGCCAAAUAAGCAUGAUUCCCAACGGAAACCAAAUGGUUAUUAACCAUCAGCAAAUUCCUCAGUCCCAGCCUCCACCGUCCCAGCCUCAACAAUCCCAGACUCAACCGACACAACCCCAACAGCAGCAAUAUAUUGCUCAACAGAUGACCAACCACGCGCCACAGUCAGUUCCAGUUCAGCAGCAAAUUCCCCCGUCGCAGCAAGUUCCACAAUCGCAACAAAUUCAGCAACUUCAACAGCAACAGAUUCAAAAUCAGCAACAAAUCCAACAGCAACAAAUCCAACAGCAACAGCAACAAAUUCAACAUCAGCAACAGCAGAUUCUUCAACAGCAGCAGCAGCAGCAACAACAACAACAACAACCAGUCGAACCACAGAAUCUUACUCCGGUGCGCACAGAUUCUCUACCAAAUGCCUCCACGGAUAUCACACUGCAACCGCAGUCCUUAGUUCAAAACAUAGUUCAAGCUCCGUCACCGGUCACCACAGUAACAGCAAACGCCGCUCAUGUGCCCCACCCAACCCAGUUACAGCAGCAACAAACUGCAACCCCGGAAGCCACAGCAUCCCCCGCCGGUAUUCCACCGCAGCAAACGGCCAUCCCGAAACGGCUUACGAACGAAGGCAGCAAAAAGCGCCGAAACUAUCGUUCCACCGAGCGCAAUCCCAAGCUACAGGUGCUCGGUUUCGAAAAUAACAUCGUCGAAUGUGAGAUGGAGAAUCGGCCCAAAACGAUCACAUUCAAGUUCGAUGCCAACAAUGUCAACCCGGUUGAAGUAGCACAAGAUUUGGUUUCAAAAGAUCUGCUAACCGAAGCACAAAGUUUAGUGUUCAUUGAGAUGGUGCGCGAUAUCUUGCGGCAGCUGAAGGAGAAUCCUAACCAGCUGCCAGUGGCGUCCCAGUGCUGCCGACGGAACACCGAGAAGGUGCGUCACGCGUCUCUAACACGUCAACGUUCGACCUUUAAAACACACCAGAGACAUAGAUCACGCGAUGAAACAUCUACCACGGCUUCAAACUUCUCGCAUAUGUUCGAUCCAACCAUCAUCGAUCGACAGGCGCUUGCAACAGCCGUGUCUAGUACUACCAAUUCAUCGGCGUCGUCUUCGCCAUUGUCCCAGCAGCAACCGGGAGUUGUUUCCGCUUCCGGCACCAAUGGUGACCUACAGAAAACGGUAUCGAUGGACAGUGGCAGCAGUGCCACUGGCAACGGUACUACGGAAGAUCACGGUUCGAAGGGUGAUCUGAAGGACAUUGUAACGAUUGGAGAGCUAGGAGGAGGAAACGGAGAAAUGACAACCGUUACCCACGUGCUGAUGGAUGACGGGAUGAAUGAUAAUAACAGCAGCUGUGACGAGAACUCGAGAAAAACCAGUACCAUUAGUACGGAUUAUAAUUCGCAUGAGAAUACACCGGAAAAUACGAUCACAUCGGGCAGCCAGAUGCAGCAACAAUUUGUAUAUAGCGAGCUGGAACAGGAUUCAGGUGCAGUCCCAACGGGAACCCAAGAGCCCGGGGUAGAUAUAACAGAUCAGUGUAUUAUUACAGUGCCAUUAGCAAAUAACGACGAGCAUAGUAAAACCGCUAUCACUACUACUAACAGUAAUACUGAAAUUUCUUCUAGUCAACCAGUAGUUAGCAAACAAGUAUCUGUGUCUACUAUUACUACUACUACUACUACUACUACUACUAGUACUCCCACUGCUACAACAACUACUACUCCAAUCACUACCACUAAUAAUGCAACGGUUAGCAAUGGCCCAGUUGAUUCUCCGAGUGCAGAGAAUGUGACACAACAGGCUCGAGAACGUAAAAUGUCGCGUUUUUCCGUCACGCCGGUUGUUUUGCCAAAUGAUGAUACCAAACAGGCAGUUGUAGAAUCAUCAACACCGCGGGCACCAAAUGAAUCAACGGCUACUGCCGUGGAGCCUGCGUUCAAUGCUGAACCACAGCACGUUCCGACAGAGUCCACAACAGAACAAAUCUUUGCACAGGCAUCGAAUGAAAUUCUUCAGCAACAAAUACUUUCACAACAUCAACAACAAAUAGAUUUGUACCAGCAGAGAUUAGCUCUGGAGCAACAGGCACAACAGGAUAUGGAUCUGCAUGCCCUCCAACAGUUUCAGCUACAGUUGCAGUUUCAACAACAGCAGCAACAACAGUCACAGAUGGUAUCAGAGCUUGUAGCUGCUGAAUAUGAACUCCAGCAACAGCAGCAAAUGUACCAACAUCAAUUGGCUCAGCAACAGCAAUACCAACAGGCAGUUCUCCAACAGCAACAAGUCCAACAGAUGCAACAGCAACAAUCUCAGCCGUCGUCUAUGUCCACUCAGGUCUCAAUCGAUCAUACAUCACGUGAUUCUUUGCCUAGUCGUAUGCCAGAAACACUCGAACAGUUGAAAAUUGGUCUCGAAAGUAUAACUCACGUGCACGUGAUAACGAGCAAAACUUCCUCCGCUAGUCUGUCCAGCUCGUCAGCACACUCGCUACAGCAAUCACAGCAACAGCAACCGAUCCAGCAGCAAGAGCUGCUCAAUGAUUACCUCGUCCAGCAACAGUUUUAUCAGGCCCAGGAUAGUUGCGUAGCCGAAUCCCAGUCGGAGAUCCCCCAAGAGUGCGUUAUUGAUGGGAGCAUAGUGCCGAUCGAACAACAAACGCAGCCACAGCAGCCGCCACAGCAGCCGCCACAGCAACAUUUGUUACACACAUUGCCCGCUUCGCAGGAUAUCUCGCUGUACAACUCGCGGCGAACGUCAACGGAUAUGAAUGUGCAACCAGUCGAGGCACAACCAAUCCAACAGCAACCGCAGUCACAAACUCCGCAUUGUUCGAUGCCCAACUCUGUUGCAGCAGUGAGUGCAGCCGAAAGCGAUGCUAGUACUCCUAAUCUGCGCGAUCAAGAGAAACGACUGUCCAACCAGGGUAGCGUCGAUCGUAUCGAUAGUUCCGCCAAUAACUCGCUCGCAGAUUUACACCAAAAGUUAGCUCAACUGACGUCCGCUCAAAUUAACGAGCCGGUAGUACAGCAACCGUCGCAGCACCCCAAGCCACCGCAGUUGGUUGCAUUGGAACAGCAGCAUGCCCACACACAGCAUAACUCUGCUGUGUCCAGUCCGUUGGUGGAACAUGCGGAAAUAAAGUUUCCGAAUGAAGCUAAGCCAAUGGUUCGGAAGGUGUCUCGCUUUCAAGUGCAAACCGUGCAAGAAUCUCCCAAAACUGAUCAGUCACAACCGCAAAGACAACAACCAGCACAGCUGCCGUUGCUUAUUAAUCAGAAUGAUACUCAGCACAACUUCAACCAGCAACAGAAAGCCAACAACUCAUCCCCGACAGACGAAAAGUCCUGCCAGGCAUUCCUCGCACAGCCCCAAGCUCUACAUCAACAACCACAACAGCAAUUCUGCGAAGUACCAACAACCAAUGAUCUGGAAGCCAAACUGAACUUAGUGAUUCCGAAAACUCCAAAUACGGACAGCGUUCAACCAACAUUUGCAACAGCUUUGCAACAACAACAACAACAACAACAACAACAACAACAACAACAGCAGCAGCAGCAACUUCAACAAUUUCAGCAGCAGCAACACCAGCAAAUGCAACAACAGCAAAUACAACAUCAACCCCAACCGCAACAACAAAUGAUGCCGAUUCCUCAGCAGCAACAACAACAGCACCAGCAGCCAAUGAUUCCAGUAGUUCCUAUUCAACAACAGCAAAUUUUUCAACAGCCUAUAAUCCAGCAACAACACAUGCAAGCUAUUCAACAGCAGCAGCAACCGUAUCAUCAGCAGCCUGUACAACAGCAGCAACAACAACAACAACAACAGCAGCAGCAGCUUCAAAUGCAAGUACUGCAGCAGCAGCAGCAGCAACAGCAACAACAACAAAUCUCCCAGCAACCGCAACCAAUGGGGCAACAGAUGGUACCCGCUGCUUCGAUGCCAAUUUCUCAGCAAUUGGUUUCGGUGCAGAAUGUUAGCAACGCCGCCGCCAUUUACUCGGAACAAAAUGCGCUGGACUCCUUCAGCAGUGAAGAUAUCGGGCAGAACCUAGUCGCUAUUCAAACACAUCUGCGUACAAUGCAACUGAUGCCCAGUGCACGGCAGCAGCUGCAGUUGCUGCUCCAGCGGCAGAACAUCGAGCACGAAGAACUCAAGCUGCGACACUUCCUCGAGUUGGAAAAGUUUCUCAAACAACAGAAAGAUGAAAUGAAACCUCCCCCGGUCCAAGCUGCCGCCGUACAAGCUGCACAGCCGGUGCAAGCACAACAGCCACAGGUUCCGGUAUCGAUGCACGUCAUCCCGGACAUCACAUCGCCUACGUUGACCGUAAGUCGAGGCUUCGAUCCGGCGACGAUCACUACUGCUUCCUACAGCAACUAUAGCAACAGCACUGGUGGCAGCGGCGGCAGUGGACCCGAUAUCGACACCGAUCCAACGCUUACGAUCGUGAAUGAAACAACCAAGUAGAGGCUGAUGUGCUGCCACGACACUAGGUAAAGUUACAGUAAAUUAGAUCUAUACAUAUAUUGUAGUAGUCUGACUAUAGAGUGUUUAUCUUGCUAGAGGAAUUUACUGCUAGUAAAACUGGUUUUAUAUAAAGCUACCAUUUUUUGGCAGUUCCUAUCGGCGAUCGUAAAAUGCUACAUGCUAAUUCUAAACCAAAAAAAAAUCAUUUAAUUUCCUACACUGUUAUAUAAUGGAAUGUUCAAUUUUUCAACCCAAAAAAUAAAACUACUCUUCACAUUGUGUGGAACACGUGACGAUGGCAUUCCAGUUUAAAAUUUAUCGUUACGAUUUCUGUCUUGCUACUGUUCCGCACAGUAUACAUCUUCUGAACUUUUAGUUAGGCCCUCUCGCCCAACCUGACGACAUUAGAAGACCCAAUAAGUUUAGAUUUUUGGCUCGCCAAAAUAAAAAAAAAAUAAGAAUUCUGCUGGACGGUUUUUUUUCUCAAUAUAUAAACAUAGAAAUGUUUGUCCCUAGAAGAAGAAAGGUUAUUUACUUGUAACGCAUUGGAUUGAAAGAUACACGGCCGAAAGAAGAACAUUGUGAAAAGAGGGAAAACAAUCGCGUAUAUUUUAUAUUCGAAUAACUAAGUAUAGUAAUUGAUAGGCGCUUUAUUUUCUAGACGAAAUAUCCAUACAGAUAGGCAAAGAAAACUGGCCAAUGAUAGAAAUGAUAGGAGUUGAACGCGACUGGUUCAUUAUGAGGAAAAUAUAUCAAAAUGAAUGUAGUCCGAUUCUGCUUGUGGUUUUCUCAUUCCGCUGGAAAAUGAAUCAAGUGUUUUCCCACCAUAUUAUGUUGUAACUUAAUAUGUGCUUGUUGCUGUGUGUCAAUCCUUUUUCUCUAAGCCGCCAAAGCGCUAGGAAAUGAAAAAAUACACUUUUCAAAGACAAAAAUCUAGGGCAUUGAUAACUGGGGACGUGGAACCUACAGUAAGGGGGGAUGUGUUCAAUUGAAGAGAUUUGAUAAUGCAUAUAAGAAAAAAAAAAUGAGUUUGGUUAUAAUUGUGAUGAACGAGAGAGACGAACACGGACUGCUUUACGGAUGGAUGUGUGGUUAGUUCAAAUGGAUUAUGCACAUGAACGAAGAUGAAUUCGCAAAGACAGUGAGGAGAGGUCAAGGGAAAUUUCAUCAGAACAACCCAGAUUUGACAGGGUUCGCAUUACUUUAUUGUAUUAUAUAUUCUAUUCUAUAUUUAAUGAAUUGAAAAAUAAUUAAGAUAUUAAAUAUCUACUAAAACAGGAAAAAUGCAGAAGCAGCAAAAA